AUGUGCAGAGGCUCUCGUGAUGAAGCCUCAACCGCCUUGUUUCCUUUGCCCUUCCCUCUUGGUGACGUGUGGUGCAGAGGCCCAGAACAUCUAGGAGUCAGCCAGCGGAGCAGAUUGGCGGUGCGGAGGUCCUUGUAUCUGGCCAUUGCGGCCUUGAACUUCGUGCACUUUCAAUGCCCCUUGAAGGUGAUCCCUGGUCUCUGGAGGUGUCCAGGUCCCUUGCAUGCGGCAGUGCAUGCCAGGUUGAUCGCGCUGAUCAAGGCGAGUGGUCCUGCUGGGAAGUUUUCUUUUCUCAGUUGUGGUCGCAAAGCUCACCAAUUAGAUGCAAGGCUGACGGAGCUUCAUGAAGCCUUACAAAGUUUGGGCUUUGAUGAGGGCUCCUUUUACAAAAGGCAACAUGAGGGAGCUGAGGUGAAGCCCAGGAAUGACAAAGAGGAGCUGAGACCAUACAGGCCACUGGAUGCGUCGCGUUUGAAGUUGUCAGGUAAGGGCAGCUGGGACUGCCGUGAGCACCUUUCGGACCUGCUGUAUAUGCCAUUUGUCGAACCACGGUCAAACCAAUAUGAUGUGGUUCCUCCAGCAGCAGUUUUGCCAGACAUGAGCAAGGUGUCGGCUGAGGAGACAUUGAGGCUUUGCAAAGUUUGGGAUGCGCAGGGUUUGUUGCGACUUUUUCCUUGUGCAUUGGGUCCCAUGCAUAGUUGGUGCUAUACCAAGGUGUUCAACAACUUCAAAUCAGCUCAAGUUGACAGACAGAUUGGUGACAGGCAUGGCCAGAACUUCACAGAAGGAAGGAUAGAAGAUGGACCAUCUCAUAGCUUGCCUACUGCCGCUUCUCUGCUUGCCAUUUGCCCAGAGAGAUAUCAGCAGUGCUUGGUUGGGUCAGUUGCAGAUAGGAGGGAUUUUUACCACCAGUUUUUUGUGACUGAUGAGCGGGCCAGAACAAACGUUGUGCUGCCUCACCUCGCAUUGGAAGAUUUGAAUGGCACUCAGGCAUUUGCAGUUUAUGAUGAGCAGUUUUUGCGUGAGAAGAGAGUCAAGCGGCGAGAGGAGGUUGGUGACUUCCUGCACAGGCCAGCUCCUCUUCUGGUCCCCCAUCAUGAUGAUACGGUCGUUUGUGCUUUUGCGGCGCUGUUUCAGGGUGAUCACUUAGGGGUUGAGUUUGCCACCGAAGCUCACUCAAGGAUGCUACAGAGCUAUGGGCUGCUAGAUGAGGACAGCCGUCUUCAAAGCUCAAGGCCGCUUCUUUGGGAUCAAUGCGUGUCAGGGCUUGUGAUUGAUGAUUUCUUUGUGGUUUCGAAGGAGCAGAUCAAUCCAGGAGGUUCCUAUCUUGAGUCACGAUCUGUUGAGCAUUUCAGGGUUGCAAAAGCGGCAUAUCAGCAGGAAGGGUUGCAGGGGUCUGACGACAAGGAUGUCAUCGGGCAGACACAGUUCACGGUUUGUGGUGGUGAGGUCUGCAGCAAUGAGGCGACUGUCCGAAGAGGAGCUGUUACUAUUGCAGCUCCCUUUGAAAAGAGGAUGGCCCUAGCAAUGAUGACAGCCUCAGCCUCCGCACUUCCUGCAACUUCAGAUGCGCUGCUAUCAUGCCUUGUGGGUUCAUGGAUAUCAGUUGCUCUUUUGAGACGGCCUUCUAUGUCCAUUUUGGAUGAGGUGUUCAAGGUUAUCCCACCUGGUCAACUUGAUCCUCAGUGUCCAGUGGUACGGUUUUUUCCUCGUGCGGCAGCCUCGGAGCUUCAGCAACUUGCAUGCCUUGCCCCGGUGCUGAGCAGCAAUCUUGCAGUACCAUUUGCCACGGACGUUUUCGCAACAGAUGCGUCAUUGGCAAAGGGUGGAAUUGUGAAGAGUGAAGUGACUUCAGAGGAGGCAGCUAUCCUCUGGAGGACCGCAAUCAAAGCAAAAGCAUCAGCGCCUGUGCUCUCAAGAACCCAAGCGAUGCUCUCCCUUUAUGACCCGAUGUUUGAGGAGACUGCAGAGGAGAGGGCCGGUCCGUAUGAGGGCUUGAAGCUUUUUGAGGAGGAUUUUGCUGAGGAGGAUGGAUGUGCUGCCCAGACCGCUGUCUCUAGACCUAUUGGCUUGCGCUAUGAGUUUAUUGAGAUAUGUGGUGGUGCUGCAGUUGUCACCAAGGAGAUGAUCAAGCUGGGAGUCAUUUGCGGCCCUGUGAUUGACGUUUCUAUUUCAAGGCAGUUUGAUCUGAGGAACCACCGGGUCAUUGAAUGGAUCAUAUUCCUUUUGGAGGACAACAGACUGCAGAGCUUUUUGGUAUCUCCCCCAUGUACCUCCUUCUCUCCUGCAGCUCAUCCUUGCGUCAGAUCUUAUCAAAACCCCAGAGGUUUUGACCAGGAGAAUCCCAAAGUGAAGGUUGGAAACCAGCUUGCGUUUGCUUCUUUGGCAUUGAUGAUGGUUGCUUUGAGGAUGGAGAAAUGUGGACUGCUGGAACAGCCCAGGAGGAGCAAGAUGCGCUGGCUGAAGGAGUGGAAGAGGCUCUUAGAGCUUGGAGCGUGUGAGACCUACACAGCCUCUUGCAUGUUUGGAUCCAUUCACCAGAAGGAGUUUGCUCUGCUUGGGGUGAAUAUGCAUGUGGGGCUGCUGAAGAGGAAAUGCAGCCGUGAUCACGAGCAUGUGGUGAUCCAAGGGCAGUAUACCAAAGCUUCUGCCACUUAUUGCCCAGGUCUAGCCUUGGCAUUUGCCAUCUUCUUCAAGGACCACAUUCGAGCAAUCGAAAGGGCGAGCAAGAGGCUGAGUGUUCCUGCAGCGGGGCUUGAGGAUGUGCUGAGCAAUGAUGUCUGCAUCAGCCUCCCUUGGAGCAAUUAUGCAGCCUGGUGUUGGCAGGGCUCAUCGCAUAUCAAUGUUUUGGAGCUAGCUGCAGUUGUGAAGCUUUUGAGAGAUCUAGCAAGAGAUGGAGGAGACAGGAGGCAGGUUGUUUUUGUGGACUCUCAGGUUGUGCUGUGCGUUUUGGCGAGAGGCAGAUCCUCAGCGGCAUCCUUGCGGGAUCUUCUGAAAAAGGCCUGUGCUUUAUCCAUUGCUUUUGGGAUCUAUUUGGCACCCAGAUAUGUGCCAACUCGGCUGAACCCUGCUGACUGCCCCACCAGAGACACGGACCUACCUGAGCCGGGAAGGUCAAUUUUGGGUGGACUUCAUGACCCCCAGGCAUCCUUCCGCCUUGCUUCCAUCAGCUCUCUGAGACGUUGGAUUUCAAACUGGGCCCGUCUCUUUCUCUUGCUGUCUCCUGCAUUUAUCCUCUUUCCCUGCUCCUCCAGGCGGCACAGCCCAGAGCCCAUCAAUCUGCAUGAAUGGACUUUGGACUUUGAUUCAACCCUUGGAUUUCCGGGUGAGGGACCACAGGGGCUUUGGUUUUGGGUUCUCCUGGCUUCUACCGUUUGUGACCAUGCCAUAGGUGUAGGAGUAGGGGAUGCGAGCCAUGCUGAUGCGGUGCGGCGCGAGAAGCGUGCUGGCAUAGUCUUGGAAGAUGGCAGACGUGUGACCGAGGCCACUGCGAAUGUGAGGGAUGUCCUUUUUGAGCGUUUUGAGGGGUGGCUACAGACUGAAGGCAUGGCUUUGCAGGAUGUGCUGUUUGCGCAACCCCCUGACCUUGAUCUUCUCAACAGAGUACUGGUAAGGUAUGGAAGAUGGUUGUUUGAGCAAGGCAAACCCCUGUACCACUUUUCAGAGACUGUCAAUUCGGUAGCAAACAAGCGGCCUAUGGAGCUCAUAAUGGAGUUGAGCCCGAUGUUGGAGGACUCAUCUUUGCGCGUUGCAAAGACCUUGGACGAGAGCAUGUCCUCCCUGGCCGAACGAAUGGAGAAACACUCGGAUUCGCUCAGGAAAUCGGUGCAGGCAGAUCUGGGAACCAUCGCCAAACGCUGCGAAUUGAUGACUGAAGCCAUGCGCAGCCGCACGGAGGCACUCAAUGAACAGGCUCACUCCGCGCGGCAGGUCCCUUCAGCAUCGCAAGCGAUGAUGGACCGGCAACUGUCAACCAUUUCGGUGGAGGACAUUCCUGCGAACGACGGAUAUCAGUUGAAUGAAAUCAGAGUUAUGGUGGACAAUGGCAUUCAAUUCCUUGCAGAUCGCUUGGUGGUCCUGCAUCGGGAGCUCAUGGAGAUCUACAGCGCCAUCACCAAGACUGGUCAGGUUGCUCAUAUCGGAGCUUCUCCAGGCGUGUUUGGCACCUCAAUGCCGAGUACCUUGGGUCCCAUGGGUGGCUGCGGAAUGCCUGGCAUGGCCGGAAUGGUUGGAAUGGCGAGUCCCACGCUGAGUCCCCAAUUGGCCCAGCCGGCCAUGCCGGACCCCAACGUGGCCAACGUGGCCAUGGCCAUGGCCCAGGGCCAGAGCCAUGGCGGCCAUGGCGAAGGCCACUGGGCCGACAUGGCUGGAAUGGCAAUGUGUCAAGGAAUGUGCCAGGCACAGAUGGGCCUGGAAGGAGAGGGAACUCAGCAACUUGGCGCAUCUGAAGGUGUUGGGAAUAUUUGGAAAUGGGGUGUUACCUGGUUUUACCAUGUUUUACCAUCUCUAAGAAUUGGAUCUUACCAUCCAAAAUGCCAAAAGACGGCGGUUUAA